AUGGCCAAGGUAAUUCGAAAUUGCUAUGUAUUUCGCCCACAUAACCGUGUGUGGAGGCAUUUACCCAGAAGAGUAGAAGGUGUUCGUGAAUAUGAUUUUGAAAAAAAUCACGCUAUGCCUAGAGAUUUUCCUGAUAAAUUGCAAGAAGAACCUUCAAAGUUAUUACUAGUUUGGCUUUAUCGAGAUUUAUCUGGUGAACCAAAAUGGACAAAAGACAAGGUUAAAAAAAUUUUUGGAGAUAUAACACCUGGUAAAAUGCACGUAUUCAAAAAUACAGAAGUAUUUAACAAUGAACUAUGGCAUGUUAAACAUCUCAUUGAUGUUAAACCUUUGAAAUUUCCAAAUGGUGAGCCAACACUUGAAGAUAUAUACAGAUUAGAGGUACAACCAGAUGGAAAUUGUGUUAUUAAUAAAGAAAAAGAAUGCAAUCCGGAGAAAAUCACACUGGCCGAUCCAAUGAAGCAAAUGACGACAGGUUAUUUAAGUUCAAAAUUUGCUUCUAGGUACAACUCUCACAAGGAAGUGUAUGAAGAUACUGUAUAUGGACCAAAAAAAAUAAGUGUAAUUGAUUAA